AUGAGCUCCCGCCACCGGUCACGGCGCUCUCGCACACCCUCGCGGCGCCCCCGGCGCUCGCGGUCCCUGAGCUCCAGCUGCUCCAGCUCCCGGAGUCGCAGUCAGAGUUCCUCCAGCUGGAGACGUGCUCGAGCCAGGAAGCUCCAGAGACAAAAAGAAGAAGAGGAGCGCUUGCGCAAAGAGCGAGAAGAACACCGAAAGUUUAUGCAAGAAUUUGAAUCCUGGCGCGUGAAAGAUCUAGAGGCACGCAACAAGCGCGAGAAGGAGUGGUAUUCCAUGCGGGAAGCUGCCAAGAUUGAAGCAAAGCAGAGGGCUUUGGAGAAGCAGGAGGAGGAGGAGCGAAAGAAGGCCAAGAAGCGCACAAAGGAAAAGGAGGAAGCAAAGAAGAAAAAGGAAGAAAAGCAAGCCAAGAAGGACAAGAAGGAUCAGGAAGAAUUGGAAAGGCGAAACAAGAUUGCAGAAGCGGCGGCGGCGCGACGUGAAAGAGGAAUGGGAUCAGGCAAAGUAAGCGAUGCGGAGGCUGAGCUGGCAAAGCUGAUUCAGCAGGCUAAACAAGGCGUGGUAGAGCCACCAAAGGCAGACCCUCCGCCCACAAGCAAACCUGAUAUGAUCGAGAAUGGCAUCAUCGUCCUGGACGAGGAUGAGUAG